AUGGCUACGCAACCUGCGUCCCAAGCCAGUCUCCUCCUUCAGAAGCAACUCAAAGAUCUCUGCAAACACCCAGUGGAUGGAUUCUCGGCAGGUUUGGUCGUUGAAGAAAACAUCUUUGAAUGGAGCGUCACAAUUAUUGGCCCACCCGAUACUCUCUAUGAGGGUGGUUUCUUUAAUGCCGUCAUGAGCUUCCCUGAGGAUUACCCGAACAACCCUCCUACAGUACGGUUUACCUCAGAGAUGUGGCACCCCAACGUUUACCCUGAUGGGAAGGUUUGUAUUUCAAUUCUUCAUCCCCCUGGUGACGAUCCAAAUGGCUACGAGCUUGCAACUGAGCGCUGGAAUCCAGUCCAUACGGUUGAGAGCAUUGUUUUGAGUGUAAUAUCAAUGCUUUCAAGCCCUAAUGAUGAAUCUCCUGCGAAUGUUGAAGCUGCGAAAGAAUGGAGAGACAACAGGGAUGAGUUCAAGAAGAAAGUAGGCCGCAAUGUCAGAAAGUCACAAGAAAUGUUAUAA